AUGCUCUCCAGAAUACCAGAGAAUAUAAUAUGUGAAAGUGCCAUUAAGGAAAUCUGCCACUUCCAGAGCUCUACUGAGCUAAUCUUGCCAGUGGCCCUGUUCCAGCAAUUGGUUCAGGAAAUUACUUUGUCCUGUCACCAAGAACAUGAAUAUCACUGGCAACAUACUGCCAUUGAGUCACUUCAGAAGGCAGCUGAAGCAACCUUGUGCACUCUGUUUGAGUACUCUGUUAUGGCAAUGGCACACCAUAAGCACAUUACAGUUAACAUCAAUAAUAUGAAGCUUGUUCUUGGCAUCAGUGCCAAAAUUGGGUCAAACUAUUUCAGUCUGAUUGAUGUGCCUGAUUGUCCCACCCCUGCCAUCACCACCUGCUGCCUGCAUGCUGCCCCUGCCCUGCCAACUACUGCUGCUGCUGCUCCACCACUACCACCACCACCCACCACCACCUCCCUGCCUCCCCCUGGCACUGUCAGGGUCUCCACCCAUCAAAUAGCAGGUAUUAGAGCUCCUGUCCGGUUCACAAAGCCAGUUCUGGAGGAGCAGAAGGAGGAGGAGGAGAAGAAGGAGAAGAAGGGGGAGGAGGAGGAUGAUGAUGAUGAUGAAGAUGAUAAUAAUAAUGAUUAA